AUGGUUCUCGGCGUGAUAAUGAUGGCCACAAUGGUGCCAACCAUGAUUGGUCUGAAUGAGGCUACGCAGGGGAGCCGAGAUCAAGAGGAGGCCAGACGGAGUGAGGCACGGAAACAACGUGGGCAUCUAGUGGCCACCGUCUCUCUGACACAGGGGACACCGACAAUGCGCCAGCAGGUGCACAAUGCGAAGGUUCAAGUGGGUCUAGACGGGCGACUCUACAUUACGAAGCACCCCAGUGCUUCGAUGGUCCCGUUCAACGGCGGCUUCCAUACACAUCCUGACUUUGCCCCGGAUAACACAUCGGGCCUAGUGACGGUUAGUGGCGAGAAAGCGCCUACUCUGCGCUGGGUCUUCCGAGACGCUAAGACCCAUGAGAUGCGUUGGGGCGGUCGCCUUGAUUCCGAGGGCCACGUCUGCGGGCCCUUUGACUGGACGCCGGAUGAGCAAUAUUUGACUAUGGAAGGCUGGGAGGGUUGGUUGGCAGUCCGGCUCCCGGACGAUGAGAUGCAGGAUUCGACCAAUGACGUGGGGGGCGUUCAGGGGCAUGAAACAUGGCGAUUAUAUUUCGAUGCAAAUGAUGACGGCGCGAAUUUACCGCCAGGGGCUCAGGGAUUGGAAGUCCGGCUCAAGAGAACUGUGGCGGAGUCAUGA